UCGACCACGGGUGUGACAGUCAUCAAUCAUGCAUUGAAGUUUUUUGACAGGGCAAUUAGGACGAAAGCGACAAACGCUGAGGUCUUCAGUUGUGUUUUGGUAUUAGUACAUUGAGUGAUUUCUGUAGGCCCAGUUGUAGUGAUGUGGAAGACAUUUUACUUUCACUUUCACAACAUCAUAAUCAUCAAACAGCCUGGGAUGAAUUCUCUUACAAAUAGCCAAAAGCGAAUGAGGCCUUUAUGCUUUGUCAAAAAUACAUAUAACUCAAAUUGAUUUUACAGGAUACGACUAAUUGAAUAAGGGAUUUGACUUUCACACUCGUCAACUUGUGGAAAAAAGCAAAUAGAGUGGUGCAUUAUCCACAUGCUGUCACAUUAGUCUGUGGCUGGGAAGCAGGCAUGUUACAACUUGGAACGCAUCUUAUUCUUGCUUUCAAAUCGAACAAGUCCUACUAGCUGAUGGGUGGAGCUUCAGCCACCUGAUCUUGUGUCACACCUGGCUUCUCUCAAUGAAUCUCAGCAAUUCACCAACCUGAAUAUAAAGCGCUCACAAUGAGGGCUCUUCACUACAAUGCAGGUGGGUUUGGAUGGAGCCUGGCCUCACUCAACCCAGUCCAAUCAGCAACCCCCUUCAUAGAAAUCAUCGAGCAGCCGAAGCAGAGGGGGAUGAGGUUUAGAUAUAAGUGUGAGGGACGUUCAGCAGGCAGCAUUCCCGGAGAGAAGAGCAACGACACCACUAAGACCCACCCAGCUAUCAAGGUGCACAACUACAGUGGCCCCCUACGUGUCCGCAUCUCACUGGUGACGAAGAAUGCACCACACAAGCCUCACCCCCACGAACUGGUUGGGAAAGAUUGCAAACAUGGAUACUAUGAGGCUGACCUGCAAGAAAGAAGAAUACACAGUUUUCAGAACCUGGGCAUACAAUGUGUCAAGAAGAAGGAUGUGAAUGAGGCCAUCACUUGCAGGCUGCAGACCAAUAAUAACCCCUUCAACAUUCCCGAGGCGAAGGUGUGGGAGGAGGAGUUUGAUCUGAAUUCAGUUCGGCUGUGCUUCCAGGCCUCCAUUACUCUGCCUACAGGGGAGCUGAUUCCUCUGGAGCCUGUGGUUUCGCAGCCCAUUUACGACAACAGGGCCCCUAACACAGCUGAGCUAAAGAUCUGCAGAGUCAACCGCAACUCUGGAAGCUGCAAAGGAGGGGAUGAGAUCUUUCUGCUGUGUGACAAAGUGCAGAAAGAGGACAUCGAGGUGCGUUUCUUUCAGGACUCCUGGGAAGGAAAGGGCACUUUCUCUCAGGCUGAUGUCCACAGACAGGUUGCCAUUGUGUUCCGCACACCACCCUACCGUGACACCAACCUCUCUGAGCCCAUUAGGGUCAAAAUGCAGCUGCGUCGGCCCUCUGACCGCGAGGUCAGCGAGCCAAUGGACUUCCAGUACCUGCCUGCUGACCCAGAUGAGUACAGGCUGAGUGAGAAGAGAAAGCGUACAGGAGACAUGUUCCAGAGCCUGAAGCUGGGGCCCGUGUUGUCAAGUGUGUCGAUUCCACAAGAUAGACGGCACAUAAGCCCCGCGAGGAGAACAGUCACAGCCAAGGCUCCACCAAUGAAUGCAGCUGCUGUGGUGCCCCCUGGUGCCAGUGGAGCAAAACCCCAGCCCACCUAUUCUUACAAUCCAUCAGGUCAGCUCUUCUCAGUCCAGCCCAAGGUAGAGGCCUCCCCUUCCAUCUCUACUGCAACCACAAACCAAACAUGGAGGAUCAUGGAGAGCCUGAACCUGGGCCCCCAGCCCAAAGCCACUCCAGUACCUAGCUUCAUGAUGAGCCAGACAACAGCCUCCUCCUCAUCAUCAGCCACCCCCUCCACUGUCAACCAGGAAUACUCAACUGUCAACUUGUCAGACCUUAAUGAGUUCUUCCCUAACAUUUCCUCAAGCAUUGCCCAGGAGCCAACAGCCACUCAGGGAAGUACUGCCACCUCACAGACCAGCAGCUCCUUCACUCAGUUCCGGGUGGAUGCCCCACUUGUGGAUGAUGAUAUCCCAGAAUUCCCUAGUUUUUCUGAAGCCCAAGCCCAAGGCACUCUAGACAACCUAAAUAUGGAUGACUUUGAGGACCUUCUGAACCCCACCCUCAUGAGUGAGAGUGGAAAUGGCACCUCAAUGUUGGGUCAAGCUACAUGCCAACAGGCUUCUGCUGCCAGCUCCUCUACAGCUGCCCAGAACAUUGCAUCCCAGAACAGUUCUGACCUUGCCAACAACCCAGGAAGCACCUGGAUGAAUUACCCCAACAGCAUCGUCAGCUUGCUCCAAAACGAGGGCAUGAUUGAUCUUGCACCCCACAACAACCACCGGCCAGCCAUGCUGGAUGAGUUCGAUGAGCUGAUGUCUAAUGAUGAGGAUCGCCUUAUGUCCAUUUUUAACAAUGGAAGCCAAGCUAGGUUUGUGUCAGGACACCCAACUUAAAGUUUGUCCAUGUGAAUUUUAUGGACAUCUUUACAAAGACCACUUGUGUCUGCUCCUUAAGCCUUCAAAACUCAAACUCCUUUGUUGUAAAUAAAGACAAGAAAUUACACAAAAUGAAUUUGAAGGGCUGUAAGAGAUGGUAUGUAGCAAAAUUCUCCAUGUGGACAAGCUUAUUAAAAUACCAGUAACGGUUCUUUCUAUUAUUGGGUUUUGCCGGGUUUUAUCGCCCUCUUUAGGCAUACAUCAUUUACUUAUACAGCCAUUGCAUCAGCCAGAUAAGACUGUCCACCAUGAUUGUUUUAUAAAGACAAUGAGAUCAGAUGCUCUGCUGAAGGCAUCGGUUUUCUGUGGAAGAUGUUAAGCAUGUUUUUGUACAGUCAUUUUAACAGUGGUCAGUUUUAGUGAUUAUCAGUGUCUUUUUAAUGAAUUGUAUGUUUAGCCUGCCGUUUCAUUUUCAACAGAGUGGCUGGUUUGAUUCUCAUCAAAUAUAAAAUCUAUAGGUAGGUAUAUGCAAUUUAUACAUAUUUUCCUCUUAAUUAAAUACACCUGUAAUUUGUAACUAAAUAGAAUGGUUUUGUUUUCUGAAGGUCAGCAGUAACUAUCAACUUCCUUUUACAGGUGCCUUUGUCAAGUUGCAACAAAAUGUAAUAUGUUAAGAACCAAAUGAAGGUCUCUAUGUAAAUAAAUAUCAAACAAGCAACAUUAAUUAGUACAUGCUUAUAGCAGCAAAACUGUAUCAGUGCUUUUGUUUUAUGUCUGGUGUUUUCCUCUGGUGCCUAGUAAGUUUUUCUACAGUUGUUUUAAGAAUAAUGGCUGCAGUUUAAUCAGCUGUUUCAGAGCUGUAUGUCAACUUGCUAUACUCUGUAGUAAAGGAAAAAAAAAAAGCUUCAUUCAGAUGAAAUUAUGCUGUUUUAUACUUGUACGAUGUGAGAAGAUUAUACUGUAUACCUGUUUUUUCUCUAAUAAAUGAUUAUGUCAAACA